GAAAGACUGAUGGAACAUGCGCGCUCUUGUCCUUGCGCUGGAGGUCUUCUGUGUAUGGUCAUUCAGCUGUUGUGGCUCGGGACGCAUACACCUCUGCCUCGUUCCAACGAACUUAUGAAGAGGGGAGCGAUACGCUUCGUCAUCUACCCCUUGGUUUUUCACAGAUCCAGGGGUAUCAAGGCUAGCCUUGCCGGACGCUAUGGGAGCAUCCGGCAGAUACGGAUAGGGAAUAAGCAGAAAACGAAGGGUACAAUUUUCGUAGUUUUCGACGAUGUCAUGGACGCCAAGAACACUCUUCACCACCUGAACAUCUUCCACUUGCAAGAACGAACUUGUUGUACUGUACCACAUGCCGUCCAAAUAAGACGCGGCCGCCGCGAAGGCGGAACUCGCAAGGAGGGAGGAGUAGCUCGCGGAGCUCAAGAGAAAACAUGAUAUCCAGGAUGAGGACUGAGCGCUAUGCUUCUUUUUAUUACUGUGUGGUCAAUGUAACCCCACGCUUUCAUUGCUAUUUAGAGUCGGCUCGUCCCUCGGCAGCUCCUUACAGGUUUCGUCCAAGUUGAUUCAUCAGCGAGGGGAAGAUUGUCAGGCAUGUUCGAAUGGCGCGCAGAAUCAAAAACACUAUGAUCAAGGUGUCCGGCCGGACAGAAUUAUACAUGCUAUAUACUAGGCGAAAGCAAGAGAAAUCACACGUAGUGAUAGCUGACGGCUCGUGUAGCUCAGCGGUAUCCGGCCUUCACGCAUUUGCGCAGUUAGGGCAGUACUCCUGCUUCUCU